AUGGAAAUGAACGCCGUCGUCCUCCACGGCCCUCGCCACAUCCGAGUCGAGCGAAAGCCUCGACCGUCCAUCCUAAAAGCAGACGAUGCCAUUGUGCGUGUGCGGUAUGCUGGGAUCUGCGGCAGUGAGCUGCAUCCCUACAGAGGACACCAAAAGACCACAUAUGGGCAUAUCAUGGGCCACGAAUUCACCGGCAUCGUCGACCAAGUCGGAAGCAACGUAACCACUGUCAAAACAGGCGACCUAGUCGUCGGCCUGUUCUCCUCAGCCUGUCUCAACUGCUGGUUCUGCAAAUACGGCUACACAAACCGCUGCGCCAACUCGCUUGCCCUAGGCACCGCGCAGAUUGACGGGGGACAGGCAGAGUACGUACGAGUCCCGCACGCCGAUGGGACGCUCGUUAUCGCGCCGCCGAAUAUCAAUGACGAACUGCUCAUCAUGAUGUCGGAUAUCUUUCCGACGGGAUAUUAUGGCGCCAUGCGGGCAAUUUCGUAUUUUGAGACGGAAGGCAUCAAGAUGCCGACGAACGGCGCGCUGCAAAUGGUUAAACAGCCGCUGAAAUCCGCCGUCUUUGUCUGUCUUGGAUGCGGCAUUGUCGGGCUCUGCGCUAUCAUGACAGCCGUCGUCAAGGGGGCUGGGACCGUCUUCUGUGUCGACACGAUUCCGGACAGGUUGGAGCAGGCGCGGCGGAUGGGAGGGAUCCCGUUGCAUCUUGGGGUAGAUGACAUCCAGGCCAUCGUCUUGAGAGCAACAGAAGGACGAGGUGCCGACGCCGUGGUUGAGAGUGUUGGGAACCAGGCGGCCCUGGCCAUGGCGAUGGAGCUGCUGAGACCAUGCGGCGUGCUCAGCUCUGUUGGCUUUCACCAGACGGAGAUGCCGUUUACGGCGCUGCAGGGGUAUCAAAAGAAUAUCAACCUAAAUAUGGGGAGGGCGCCUGUCAAGGCUGUUUUCGAGGAAGCCUUGGAGCUUUUCACUUUCCACCGGACGAUGUUCACGGAUUUCAUUUCACAUCGGUUACCGUUGGCAGAGGCGGCGAGGGGAUACGAGCUGUUCGAGUCGCAAGAAGCCAGAAAGGUAUUGCUGCAGGUGUCCGAGUAG